AUGUACGGUCAUUCCCAGCCUGAGCCUCAGCCGGAAUGGCGACUACCCCCGCGCCCGGGGAGACGGGCUGAAUCGCCGCUGCCUCCGCCGCCGCCGCCGCCGCCGCCGCGUCCACCGACGACGACUGCUGUCUACAGUCCGGCCACGUAUGGGCCGAUAUCGAACUCGCCAGUGAACCCAAGUGUGUCGCCAGUGCCGACUGCUGUGCCAGGGACCGACCCAAGGACGUGGGGAGUGCGGUACAACCAACAACCGGUUCACCCAAUCCAUGCCCCGCCUGCGCUACCGCCUCGACCAUCGAGUACCAAUGAGCAGCCGUAUGCGUAUACCUAUGCCCAGCAAACAGCACCACCACCGCCCGCGCCGGCACCCGCGCCGGCACCAGUACUUGCACCAGCUAUCAACACGGCUGUCACGCCUCCACACCCGUCACAUGGCUAUGAAUCCUUCGCAGACGUUCAGCUCCCAUCAGCAACUAGCACCAUCCCACCGCCAUAUUCGCCGUCUCAUCAGAAACCCGCAACGGAAGCUGUGCCGCCCCCGCCCCCAAAAGUCCCCCAAGGACAUCAAUAUGCGCCGGCCGAGCUAAAUCAUCCGCCCGAACGGCCCCCAUUACUCGCGCAAGGUGUGGGGCCUGCAGCGACCCAGGGCUCGUACAGUUUUCGGCCCCCUGCCUUGAGUACAGCGGAGACAAGUGCUUCGGCUUUGGGGCCAGGAACGCCUUCGGAUUGGGAGCAUCUCGGCCCUACGCCCGGAGAUUUCGACGAUUCGCCCUGGUUUCCGCCAAGACAGUCCGAGCCAAUCCCUCAGGAGACGAUACAAACUCCCCCGGGAUAUUCGUCGGGGAUUCCAAGCCCUGGAAUAACCAGUCAUGCUACUGGCCCUUUGCAUCGUGUAGAAACGAAUUAUCAGUGUCACCACCAGGCCAACCCAAGUGCUCUGUCUCAACCCGGCCAUGGUCGCCGGAAUGGUUCGUUAUCACCGAUUAGUCCCAUGACCGCACAGGGUGCGCAGAGUCCUCCGCCGCCGGCGCGAAUAGAUAGUGUCAGCUCUGGUCACUCUAUGAGAAGCCAUGCUGAAAGCAUCGACAAUGUGAUUGAUGCGUGGGUGCGGCCGUUGGCACCUACUUCCAAGUCAGGACCACCGGAGAAUGCCGAUACAGCGGAUCGUUCAGACUACGCGCCGCUUCUUCAAAGCAAUGUCACCACUCCUGUCGAAGCCCCGCGUCCUCUACAGAGUAUCCCGACCCAAGCCUCACGUCAAGAGACAAGCCCAAGUGCGGCGACCCCCACAGAAUCGCAAGGAAGGUCCCCAGCAGCAAGGAGCGCAGAUCCCUACGAGGAUCUCGAUCCGUGGUUCAAAUCGUCUCUGACACGCUACGUUGCUAUGCUGCGUAAAGAGGCGGUCGCGGACUCGGACGAAGAGCGUUACAAGAUAUUUACUGCUUUCAUGAGCAAAGAGACGAAACUGCGCGAGAUUCUGUACAAUAUUGAGCCUGUGUCUCAGCCCUCCCCGCCAGCUCCCAAAAUUUCAGAGCCGACGCAGCAAGUCUCGCCAAGUUCGGAGGAGAAGCGCAAACCAGUCUACGAGUCGGGACUCAUCCCGGUGGAAACAGAAGAAAUUAUGACUCCCAAUACGCCCACUGCGACGACGGAAGAUGGUAACGAUACCGAUGAUGUGGGUAGCGAGUACAGCGCGGGAGGACGGCCCAUCCUAGCCAAAAGAGCACGUCGAGGCUCGCACUGGAUGCCGAAACUGUCGAGUCUUCCUUCGGAGGGAAAUACUACAGGACAACCCUUGGAAGAAAAUGCGCAGAGGCAGACCCUGGAACCCCUAACGAUCAAUCCUCCCCGCCCGAUCUAUACUCCCUUUCAAUAUACCGAGGGUCCCCAGCGCGGCUCUGACAAGCUCUCCUUCGACCGUCCCGCCUAUCAGGCUUAUUCCGAUCUGCGAGCGUCUGCAGUGAAUGGACGACUCAUGUCGAAUGCUCCGCAGCCCCACAGCAGAUCGCGGUCCGGGACGCUGAGCACUGCCCCGGCGCAGAAUGAGCACGACGAGACCUUCCUCGGAAUUAUCCGUCAUCGAAGCACCGCCUACUUGGAAACAUCUCAUCGGGGCUCUAUGCCAUCUUCGCUUUUACCAGAAGCCCUUCGCAAGGGCCAAGGAAAAUUGAAUGGUCCGGUCGAGGAGCUUCGUGCCAUGGUCUGGACGCCAUUGGACAAGCAGACUGAAAGCUCAUGGCAUAUCACUAUUCGCGAGGACCUUGCUAAGCUUCCCGACGAUUUCUCGUACAUCCAAAGCACCAUUGACGGGUGGGAAAACACGGCCAAGGUCCGGAGACAGGAUCUCGACCGGGAGCGCUCAGUUCGUCAGGAGGAAUCCGAGGCGCAGAUCGACAAUCUCUUCAAUGAAAAGGAGAUUGGAUAUGCGGAUAUCAAUACCCUGGAAGAAGACUUCCGACAGACUGAGGCUCGCGUUCAACUGGACGAGGAACGGCAAGAAGUCGAAGACUUCAUUUCGAAGGUCUUUAACCCUCUCGACGAGCGGUUGAAGGAGGAGAUCUCUGCAUUGCGCAAGUCUUACGACUCCGCCCUGAACCAACUCGACCGGGAUCAAAAGGGCAAGAACUCACCAGUCGAGAAAUGUAGCCCCUCCGUGACCAUGAAAAUGGUCAAUGAGAUCCACAGCAAACUCGAACUGCGCUUCCAAAAACGGCUGGAGAUCGCGUUGGACUGUGAGCGUCGCCGUAAGAAGGCAGAACGCCGACCACUAGUCUUCAUGGGCGACAUGGCCAGUCUCCGCAAGCUAGACGGCGACUUCGACCGCAUGGAAAAGCGAAACAUCCUCGAAGCAGCCAAAGACCGCGAUGACCGGGCAAACCGCCUCAUGGACUCGUUCGACGACGCCAUCUUACACGGCCUAGGUAUGAACCAGAGUCUCCUCGACGAGCUCGCCACCAAAGCAGCGCGGCUAGACCCCACGACCCUCCGCGCCUCCGGCCUACCGGAUUCUGAAGUCGAACAGAUCCUCAAGUCCGCCGCGACCUUCGCCGCGUCGCUGCGCGCCGAUUCCGAGGCCAUCCUGCAUUGCUCUGGGGUUGCCGACAUGGCGCUCAACGAUGCCGACUACAACGUCUCCGUCGCCGAAGCGCGCUAUGCCAAUUCGGAACCGGAGAUCUUUGCCCGGCUGGAGGAUGAGAAGAAGAAGGAAGAUGCAAUUCUUGAGACGGAUUUGAACUCCAAGUUGCAGAGUAUCAAUAAGUCGCCGGGCGAGAUUGAGAUGACGAUUCAGCGUCUUCUGCGAGAUUUGGCUAGUACACCUGAUGUUGCGACUCUUCCGGCAUCGCAGGAUAUUGAUGACGAGCCUCCGCUGGCAAUCAACAAACCUGCUGAUGUGCCGUCACCGCUGGAGCUGCGCCCUGCCACGGUUGCGCCUACGCCUGCUCCUGCUUCUGCUCCUGUUCCCAGUUCGACCCCGGUCUCGAUGGCUCAAACAGAACACGAGCAAAGAAUGCGCAAGGCGCUGGAAGAUGCCAAGAAGCGCAAUGCAGCUCGCAACUAG